AUGAGCUUCCACCACUCCGCCCAAGACAUCCGCGUCGAAGACGGCCACCGCCUGCACGCCCAGCUCCAGAACGAAGACGGCGAGUGGAUUGACGCCGAGUUUGACCUGAACCAGAUCCUCGGUAAUGACAACGGACACUUCCAAUGGGACGCAGAGAACUUCAGCCACAGCGCCGAGGACAUCACCUUUGACAUCGAGGGCGGCGAGAGCGUGCCUGUGCUUCGGGCUCUCUUGAGGAACGAGGACGGGGACGCUGUUUGGGCCGAUGUCAACCUUGCUGAGCGGAUUGGGAACGACAAUGGGUCUUUUUGCGUUGUUUAA